UUUUUUUUUUUUUUUUUUUUUUUGUGAUUCGCACACAAUCAUACCCUGUGCUUUAUUGCGAUUUCUGAGUUAUUGAUAAUGUGUGUUUCAAGGAUUUGUCUCAAGACGAGCUUUGUCUGUGGCAAUCAGUGGCAACGAGUCCUUGUUGCAUUCAUGCAUCCGGCGUCACUGUCUGAUUCAGAGGGGGUUAUCUAUGCUUUUCUCUUUUCUCUUCUCACAUGGAUGGGAGCUUGUCACUUUGCUGUCUAUUUGGUUUUGCAACAUCAUCCCCUCCUCUCAUUCUUAUCUGCCUUUCUGAACGUCUGCUUGCUUGCUUGCCUGACCCAGGAAGCAAAGCCUGCCCACAACCCCGGAAAAACACGAACCAAAAAAAAGAGUGGCAUGAUGUUGGGCUUCCACUUGUUAUUUCAUCCCACGUUAUGAUAAAGGUCUGCGACGGUUACAUGAAAACACCCAUUGUGUGAGGCGUUCUUCACGGGCUAUACACUUGAGAUACAUUUCUGGGAUUCCUUACUUCCGGCUGUUGUUGGCCAGUUGAUUUGUAGCGAAUUGCUCUUUGCUCUUUCUUUCACUUGCAUUCUUGCGAGCAGCGUGGUGGGUUUGUUAUUGUUUUAGGGAGCAUAUCUGGGUUGUUUAUCCUUUUUCACUUCAACCCUGCACUUGCACUGGCAGUUGGGUGGACUGUUAGGGAAGAGGCGUACCUACAUCGUUUUUGAUUUUCAUUUCGCGGGAAUUCGCUUUUUCAUGUACUUCAUACAUCCAAUGAACUUGUAAUCGCUAUUGUCAACCAAAGACCAUAUCGUUUUGGAUGUUCU